UUUCGAGCAUUUGAACAACGCGUUGGCUGUCGGUCACAUUGAGGAUGUCGUGUCCGACCUUCUCUCGAGACCGGGUCUGUUUGUAUACAUAUUUUCUGUCUUCCCAGACUCCUUACCCAUGCGCAUUAAGAUCCUCCAUGCCUUUCCGACGGAUUCGCAAAUCAUACAACAGUUUUUCAUUCCACCUCUUCUCUCGACUUUAUCCGCGUUUUUCUUUACCUUACCUGCCGAUGCUUUCCAUGGCGACGAGUCACGAACCGUUGGCAGGUACGAACGUUACGUUGCGGAUGUUUGGCCUGUAAUGGCCGUCCUGUCUUGCAUAGCCUUUGGCACCACAACUUCCAGAAACAAGAUGAAAGUUGACUUCAAGGACAGAAAAACAACUGUUUCAGCACAUGACGCUACCGUUCUACGCAAGUUGGGCAUCGAUCUGCCUUCUGAUUCCCACGCCGCCAUGCAGGCCUUGGGGAAUGUAAUGAAUAAGUGGGUUCAUCAUUCUCCCCAUUAUCAUCUGUUACUUCUUGCAGUUCUUGCCUUUCUUCUUCUAUGUUGUCAAGUUCCUUGAGCAUUGCCAGGAUGCAAGUUUGGAAUUUCUGGGCAAAGGAAGACUUACUGUUUGUUGCAGACAAGGGACACUUUGG